AUGAUCACCGCGAGUAACACAGAAUGUAAUCAGAUGUCAGUCUUGAAACUUGAAAACUCCGAGCACAACUCUACUUCAGUGACCUUCACUAGCCAGGACCAGCAGAGUGAGCUUGGCACAAGACAACUGGAAAAUUUUCAGACGACCCAAUUAAACACUAGCCAGUCAAGAGUUAGCUCUAAUGAAAACAGUAGCCAGUCAAAAGUCAUCUCUCAUGUAAACAUUGGCCAAUUAAAAGCUAGCUCUCAUAUAAACAGUAGUCCGUCAAAACUUUUCUCCGACCCCAUUAGUCAAGCCGAGGACACAUCUGUCAGCCAUAUACACAGCGAAACCUUUCAAACCUUCAACCUGAUGUCAUUGCUGGACCAGACAAGUUCCGCGGAUACAGAGCGAGUGAAGACCCAGCUUAACGAGAAAAGCCCUACGAGUCAUGUUUUGCUUAAGUGCCCAAGCGUAAGGAAGCCUGAGUUGGCAGCAGAAGCGCAACCAGAGACAACCCCUAAACAAGCCC